AAAUCUUUGUAUGCCGAAAGGUUACUACAGGUCAGAUUCUACAUCCGGGCACUGUGUCUAACAUGGCGAACCGAACUGUGAAAGACGCUCACAGCGUCAAGGGGACAAACCCGCAGUAUUUGGUGGAGAAAAUCAUCAGAUCGAGAAUCUACGAAUCGAAAUACUGGAAGGAAGAAUGCUUUGGUCUCACGGCCGAGCUACUCGUAGACAAGGCUAUGGAGCUGAAGUACAUCGGGGGUGUGUAUGGGGGGAACAUCAAACCCACCCCGUUCCUGUGCCUGGUGCUGAAGAUGCUACAGAUCCAGCCGGAGAAGGACAUCAUCGUGGAGUUCAUCAAGAACGACGAGUUCAAGUACGUACGUUGUCUGGGAGCCAUGUACAUGCGACUGACGGGAUCAUCGCUGGAUGUGUUCAAGUACCUGGAACCUCUGCUGAACGACUACAGGAAGGUCAAGUGGAUGGACAGCAUGGGGAAGUUAAACCUGUCCCAUGUUGAUGAGUUUGUUGAUAACCUACUGAGAGAGGAGCGCAGCUGUGACACCAUCCUGCCAAGAAUACAGGGUCGCCAUGUCUUGGAAGAGUCCAAUACACUUGAGCCAAGGGUGAGUCUUCUGGAUGAUGACCUUGAGGAUGUGGAGUCCAGUGAUGAAGAGAUGGACGCCAAGGAAACCAGGCGAUCACCAUCCCCCGACUAUCAUCGUGGCAGCUACCGUGACCUGGACCGACCUCGGCGCAGCCCGUCACCACGAUACCGGCGCAGCAGAAGCCGAUCACCUCACAGAAGACGUAGCAGAUCUCCCAGAAGAAGCGCUUCUCCCCCCCGCCGGCACCGUAGCCGCAGCCCGCCGCACAGACGCCGCUCUCGAUCUCGUGAGAGGAGACACAGGUCAAGGUCACCAGCAGCUCGCAGGCGCCAUCGCUCACGAUCAGCCUCUCCACACAGGUCAUCCAAGAAGCACAAAGACCACAAGGAUCACAAAGAGAAGAAGAAGGAGAAAAAGAAAGACCGGGACAGUCACCGAGAUCGAGGGAAGGGGAGAGAGGUGUCAAAGGAGGAGUUAGAGAUUCAAGAAGCCAAUGCCCUCCGUGCCAAACUGGGCAUGGCCCCGCUGAGACCCUAGUGUGUAUGUUAAGUGCGAGAAUGUACUUCUGUAUAGACAAAAUGAAAGUGUAGAAAAUUGAGGAACAUUUCUGAGUCUACCAUCGUUAAGUCAUCUGGCACAAAGUGGCAGAACACGUUGAGUAAUAUCAUUUUAGUUUUGAAGCGAUAAAGGUUGACUGUCAGAAGCCUUUACUACAUAAUGACUGUGUUAAGGAAAAUAAUAAACUUGGGAAACACCACUCGAUUUGUUUGAAGUGUCUGUCUCUUUCUGUCAUACAUAAAUCAUACAGUAGUUUUGUUUACUUGCCCUUGCAUGUAUUGUGUUCCAAGAACAAAGGAAAAUAUAAAUGGACAUUUGAUCCCUUAAACAAUAAAUUACCAAUAAUCUAUGCAGUUAUAUACAUGAAAGUGCCUAUGUCUAUGUGGUAUUGCUACAAAGGUCAAGAAGGUUGAUUCUUGCAGGACUGCUUAUCUUCCUUCCAGCCUUAUAGUUGUAUGAAAAAUUGUAAAGCUUUCCACUACAAGGCUAUAAUUCUAUUGACUCAAGCAAUAGACUAGUAAACAAAGAUGUAACCGUCGAACAUAGUGCGUCUUCAGUUUUAAGUCUCAUAUUAUCUGCACAUGGUCACUGGAUAGGUUUCACUGU